GUGACGCACGCGAACGCGGUAAAACGGUAUUCCGGCUCGUGGGGGCAGCGGAGCAGCAUGGCAUCCGACAGCAACAACAUGGCUAACGUUAACGGCCGAGAGGGCGCCUCUCUGAACGGGGAGCCGGUCGUGAAGCGGCCGCGGGAGAGCGUCUCGCGGGAGGCGACGCUGCGCCUCCCGAAGGAGCCGCAGAACAAAGUGACCGUGGUGCUCGGAGCGCAGUGGGGGGACGAGGGCAAGGGGAAAGUUGUGGACUUGCUCGCGAUGGACGCGGACAUUGUGUGCAGGUGUCAGGGAGGGAACAAUGCAGGUCACACAGUGGUCGUGGACUCGGUGGAGUACGACUUCCACCUCCUGCCCAGUGGAGUCCUCAACCAGAAGGCCACCUCCUUCAUCGGUAACGGCGUGGUGAUACACCUACCAGGUCUGUUUGAGGAGGCAGAGAAGAACCUGCAAAAAGGCAAAGGACUACAAGGAUGGGAAGACAGAUUAAAGAUUUCUGACCGUGCCCACAUUGUGUUCAACUUCCAUCAAGCUGUUGAUGGAAUCCAGGAGCAGCAACGGCAGCAACAAGAAGGGAAAAAUUUGGGAACCACUAAAAAGGGUAUCGGACCUGCGUAUUCUUCCAAGGCUGCUCGAAACGGUCUGCGAGUUUGUGACCUGGUGUCAGAUUUCAAGGUUUUUGAAGAGAAAUUCCGAAUGCUGGCAGAGCAUUUCCUGACCAUGUAUCCAAACCUUAACGUUAACAUUGACGGUGAAAUAGAGCAGCUGAAGGGAUAUGCUGAGAGACUGCGUCCUCUGGUGACUGACGGUGUGUACUUCAUGCACAAAGCUCUUACUGGACCUAGUAAGAAAAUCCUUGUGGAAGGAGCCAAUGCAGCUCUUCUAGACAUUGACUUUGGGACAUAUCCUUUUGUGACGUCUUCUAACUGCACUGUGGGAGGAGUGUGCACUGGCCUCGGUGUCCCCCCACCAAAUGUUGGCCGAGUAUAUGGUGUGGUCAAAGCAUACACCACCAGGGUUGGGGUGGGCGCCUUCCCAACAGAGCAGGAUAACGACACUGGUGCGCUGUUGCAGUCCAGAGGGCGAGAAUUUGGAGUGACGACGGGCAGAAAAAGGCGCUGUGGUUGGCUGGACUUGAUUCUGGUCCGAUACGCCCACAUGGUCAAUGGCUUCUCUGCAAUUGCCCUGACAAAGUUGGACAUUCUGGACACGCUGCCCGAGAUUAAAGUGGGUGUUGGCUACAAGGUUGACGGUCAGCUCCUGCCAAGUUUUCCUGCAAACAUGGAUGUUUUGACGCGAGUCUCCGUGGAGUACGAGACCUUGCCCGGGUGGCAGUGCAGCACCGAGGCCGCUCGCAGCUUCGAGGACCUCCCAUCACAGGCACAGAAUUACAUUCGCUUCAUUGAGGACUUCCUGCAAGUGCCAGUGAAGUGGGUUGGAGUCGGCAAGUCCAGAGAAAGCAUGAUCAAGCUGUUUUGAGGUGACAUCAGGCUCAGAACAGAGCAACCAGAGGAGUGUAAAAUGCAGACUUUAUCCUAAAGGAAAGACUUCACCAGCAAAGUUACUUGUGGAACCUUUAGUUGCUGCUUGUGCGUCACAUUCACAAUCAUUGUUCAGAUAUAAUUUAUGCAUUCCACAAUGUUUCUGUUUUUUAUUAGGGUGUUUAUGUUUUUUAAAUCUGCUAUAAACUGAUUGAUCUUUGUUUAGGAACACAGCUAAUGUUUUAACAUUUCAAUACAAUUACUCAUCAUGAUUUUUUUUUUUUUUUUUUUACAUCAAUUUGAAUAAGUAGAUUAAUGGAUACACACGCUUCAUAGAGUGUCCUCACAAAGCAAGGUGAUUUUCAGGCUUUUCUUCUAAGGAGAUGAAUCCAUUGGUGUGAUUGCGUAACUUUUCUAGUGAACAAUUUUAAAAUGCUUUAAAAAUCCAUAAAUACAUGUCUGUUUGUCAUAGUACUUUCAUAAAUCAUUCUCCACACAAACCUAAAGAACCUGAUCUUAAAAAGUUUGUUUUUGUUGUAGCCGAGGAAAAACAGGUAGAAAUUCUGCAUCUGUGUAUUUGUCUAAGUCCAAGAAAAGGUUGGCGCUCACGCACUGGACUUGGUCUUGGUACAUUUUAUGGUAUUUUGUUCAUUCUGGCAGUGUAAAAGACUUCAGCUUGCUAUUAAUAAAAGGAAAGUGUAACAUUUA